GGAGGGCAGCGCAAGUGCGGUUGCACCGACAGCGAUACUUAGGCGCCGGCCGGCGUGUCCUUGGGCCAGAGAGCGGGACGUCUGGCUUUCGAGCUGCUGUCUGCUGCAGUAGCGACGGAGGAGCGAAUUUAAAAUGGGUGAUGUUGAGAAAGGCAAGAAGAUUUUUGUUCAGAAGUGUGCCCAGUGCCACACCGUUGAAAAGGGAGGCAAGCACAAGACUGGGCCUAAUCUCCAUGGUCUGUUUGGUCGGAAGACAGGUCAAGCAGCUGGAUUCACUUACACAGAUGCCAAUAAGAACAAAGGAAUAACCUGGGGAGAGGAUACACUGAUGGAGUACUUGGAGAAUCCCAAAAAGUACAUCCCAGGAACAAAAAUGAUCUUCGCUGGCAUUAAGAAGAAGGGAGAAAGGGCAGACUUGAUAGCUUACCUCAAAAAAGCUACAAAUGAAUAAUAGCCACUGCCUUAUUUAUUUAUUGCAAAACAAAUGUCUCAUGGCUUUUUAAUGUGUACCAUAAUUCAAUUGAUCUCUAAUACCAGAUUUCAUAUCAUGAAUGGCUGGCAGAAUAUUUUUGGGCAGUCCUGAUUUAAGUAAAACUGGCUUAUGGUUAAGUGGAUGUGAUCUUUAAAAAAAAAAUACUGUCAUUUGUUCCCCUUUCUGUGAUAUGAUUGGACUUAACUAAUGUUCAAUUUUUCAACAAGUUAGGGAAUACCAUCUCCAAAUCUGUCAGAUUGGUUUUAUAUUCAGAUUUAUAUAGCUAACUAUGAGAACAUCUUUUAAACAUGGGGGGGAAUCCCUUCACUGUCUGAUAAUCAAGCAAAAUUAACCUGUUUGAAUUUGUGAUCCUUAACUUGUUAAAGGCAGUGGUUGAAGAUGAGGAAGCAAUGUCUAUAUUUUUGGUCUUCACUAAGCCAAUUUAAUUACAAUUCCCUGUCUCUGAAAUCUGCCUUUUACUUAUUGAAAGAUAUUUUAGUGUGGCUUAUGUAUAAAUGUCAAAUAAAGAAUAUUUAACACUUCUCACAUUUUACAGUUGGUCUGUAAGUUCAGAUGCUUUUAAAAGUGACUGUGAUAGAUACAAUACCAACUUUAUUUUUGAAUACUAAGACAAAGUUAUAAUUCAGGAUUUUCUUUAUGCAGCUAUUCACAAGUUUUUGUGGAACUAUUAUGUAUGUGUGAUUGAUAGUGGUGCUUUUUGCCAACUUAGAGAAAAUGAUUGAGAUUUAUGUGGCCAUAAGACUUAAGGUAAUUAAAGACAAUAUUACGUGA